GCCGCGAUGCUUGAUUCUCGGUGAAGCGACCACAGAAGAAGCAUCGCACAGUUCUGCCAUUGAAGGAGACAACAUGGUUUUUUUUGCACCCGGAAACCAAUGCGGCCAGGUGUUGCGGCAACUAUUCCUCACAAUGAACUAAUUUAUGGAGAUAGACAAGACAAAGGUUCCAUCUCAGCGCUGGAGCUGCAGGUGGAAACCAUAGCAACAGACUGUGUCCUGUGUUUGUGUCCUGAAGAUGCCUCUCCGCUUUAUCCAGGUUGCAUCAGAGUCUGAAGUGAAGAAAAGACAGGCAGCUGUACCAUGGGUAUCCCCAUGGAAGACCAGCGUCUCAAAAACAACUUAAUGUGUAUAUGACAUACGAUCAACCAUGAACACCUUCCUUUGGGUUGAUAUCUACUGAUAAUAGCUGCCAUGGCUUUCUAUAAUGAAAGCCUGCUGGAGAAUUGUGACUUCAUGGAGCCGGAGGAAAGUUUGCCGUCAGAAGCCACGACCCCCCUGAUAUCAGUAACUCUGCGCGUGACUCUGGCGGCCAUAAUGAUCUUCAUGAUUACCAUCGGAUUCCUCGGCAAUGCAAUCGUGUGUCUGAUUGUUUACCAGAAACCCGCCAUGCGCUCCGCCAUCAAUCUCCUCCUCGCAACUUUGGCCUUUUCCGACAUUAUGCUCUCUCUGCUCUGCAUGCCCUUCACUGCCGUCACCGUCGCCACUGCCGACUGGAGCUUUGGGAGUGGGUUCUGCCGCGCCUCCAUCAUGCUGUACUGGCUGUUUGUCCUGGAGGGAGUGUCCAUCCUCCUCAUCAUCAGCGUGGACCGAUUCCUCAUCAUCGUACAGCGGCAGGACAAGCUGACUCCCAACAGAGCUAAACUGUUGAUCGCGGGUUCAUGGGUGUUGAGCCUGUGUGUGUCACUGCCGUCUGUGGUCGGGUGGAGGACAGGCGCAGCAGGUAUUGGGGGUGCCUGGGCUCCGCAGUGUGUUCUGGGAUAUAGCGAGUCUGUGGCAGACCGUGGGUACACAGUGCUGUUGGCAGUCGCAGUAUUCUUCGUGCCAUUCACCGUUAUGCUGUACUCUUACAUGUGCAUCCUCAACACGGUACGCCACAACACCCUGCGCAUCCACAACCACACCAGUGAGCACUCCUGUCUGCCAGCACUCAACCAAGUCAGCAAAAUGAGACUCAGUGGGCUGCAGCGCCCCCCUCAGGUCAAAGUGGACAUGAGCUUCAAGACCCGAGCCUUCACCACCAUCCUCAUCCUCUUUGUGGGCUUUUCAGUGUGCUGGUUGCCGCACACCGUGGUCAGCCUGCUGGCCGUGUUCAGCCGGCAGUUCUACUACAGCCCGGUCUUCUACCCAAUCAGCAUCGGCGCUCUGUGGCUCAGCUACUUGAAGACGGUCUUCAACCCCGUCAUCUACUGCUGGAGGAUCAGGAAGUUCAGGGAGGCGUGUCAGGAGUUCAUUCCCAAAAGCUGCAGACUGUGUCCCAAAGUGCCGGGCAGGAGCCGCAGGAGAGUGAGGCCCAGUAACAUUUAUGUGUGCAGUGAGACUCAGUCAGCCGUGUGAGACGAGGAGGACCAGUUUGAUAGACGCUCAAACCAGUAGCUUUUCCUAUCAACUGUUUUAAACUCCUAAUGUUCCUUAUAAUAAGCAAUGAGAGGCCAAUAAAGUACCUUUAAAAUAAUUUACUGGUUGUUUACCAAAUAAUCUCACCUCAAAAAUGAAGUUAUCAUCUUAACUUCAAUGCACUUUAAGUUAUGCUCUGAGUGAUCAGAAAAACUUGAAUUUCCACGUCUUUUCAAAAAUUCUUUCUCAUGGUCCAUGCAAACAAUGAAAAUGAUCUUAAGGUACUUACAGUUAAAGUUUAAUCUCUUCCGUCUGUACGACUUGUAGCAAAAAACAAUAAAGGUAAAUUAAAAUAAAAGUACAGCGCAAAUAAAGAUCAAUAACAUAAACAAAUAAUAGAUUCACAAAAAAAAAAUAAAAAAUAAAAUGUAACAUAAAAAUUAACCUAACUUGUCCAGUGGAACAAAAGAAUGGGCCUUCGUACUCAAAUGGUGUUACAAAGAGAGAAUGGAUAGAAAAAGUAAUUCUAUCCUAUGUAUGUCAUAAAUAAUGUCAAUCCAGUCAACAAUUGUAUCUGGUUUUAAACAACUUAAUAAUAAUGGCUGUCCAUCCAGCCGCGCUGAGAAUCCAAAACAAAUGUCCAGUAUGAGAGGAAAUAUAUCCUGAAGGUAGAGCACCCAUGUACUAGGUCGCCAGUUUAAAGUUAAUAUGAACUUGAAGGACUUUUUGCAAAACUUUCUUGCCAGAAAGGUAUUAAUCUAUAAAUAUAUAUAUAAAAUAAAUUGUAAACUUCUAAUGUUCAAUGGUAAUGCAUAUUACGGACCUUGUGGUGGGAAUCUUUUGUGUGAAAUAUAAAAAAAUUGGCCUUAAAUCAUGGUCAUUAUUCUACUGAAACUUAUUUCUAUUUAAAAAAAUCAUAUCCUUCACUUUCCAUUUAUUUCCCUGUUUCAUAUUUUGUCCCUCAAGUGUUUUAUCGUUGUUCUUCUGUUGCUUCAGACUUAACUCAGUAUUCAGUGUAUGAGUAGUAGUGGUGAUAAUUCUUCAGUUGUUGAUUAUGUGAUAAGUUUCAUAAAAAAAACAUGUAUGGUUUUAUUGCUCUGAGAGAAAAGUAUGAAGGCUUUUUUAAUUGUGCAGUAACAUAAACUUUUGUCAUCUGAGAAAAAAAAAAGAUGAAUGACUGUGCUCUGAUUGAUAAACAUAGUUUUCAAAUUGA